AUGUACAACGAGCGCAGAACGGUCUUCGCCAACACCCUCGUCUUCCCCGGAUAUGCGGCGACAGCCUCGCUGCUCGUAUUGCUCCUCCAGCUAAUCGCGCACUCGGAACCCGUGAAGAAGUUGUACAAGAGGCUUGCGAUCUCGGAGAACGACUCAGCAGACGAGAUAGAGGAUGAAAACGUAGACGAUGCUGUUGGGGAACAACAGCAUUUGUCCGUUGUCUCACAACAUAUGGCUCAAUACGGUGGACCGGUCAUAUUCGCUUACCGUGUUCUGCGUCUCCUGUGCACGCUUGCCCUCCUUGCCUUAUCCAUCCUCACCGCGGUCUUUACUUCUCGCCAAGUCUCCUCGCCUUUGAACUCCAAGGUCUUGCCGCACGUUGCACUCUGCUUGACAUAUGGCUACUCGUCGCUUCUCGGCAUACUCUCUGUCGCAGUCAACGCGAGAUCCGCUAAGCUCGCAACGCAUCACUUGGCCCUAGUGCUGGCUUUCACAUGGAUCGUGUUUGUCUACCGCGACAUUUGGCCUCUUGCGACCUACACUCUUCAGCCGAUAGACGGAGCGGAAGGCGCACUCCUAUGGGGAAAGUUUGCUCUACUCACUGUUGCGGGCGUAGUGGUGCCGCUGCUUGUCCCUCGGCAGUACACACCCGCUGACCCCAAGGAUGCCUGGAAGCCGAUCCCGGAGCAAACGGCGUCGCUGCUCUCGACGAUGCUGUUCCUGUGGCUAGACCCGACCGUCUUCGAGGCGUACAAGGUCCCGCACCUGCCCAUCGAGAAGCUCCCGCCGCUCGCCGACUACGACAGCGCGAAGCAUCUCGUCAAGCGCAGCUUCAAGCGGCUCGACCCGUUCCAAGUGACGAAGCAGCGGCAUAUGUUCUUCGGGCUGAUGGCCGUGUUUCGCACGGAGUACAUUGUGCUUGCGAUCACGCUGACCAUCCAGGUGGUUACGUCCUUCGCGAGCCCGCUCGGGAUCAGGAACCUCCUGCACUACCUCGAGACGGACGGCGAGGGCGCGGUCGUGCGUCCGUGGGUGUGGAUCUCGUGGCUGUUCGUCGGCCCAAUGGUUGGCUCGAUCGCCCUCCAGGUUUACAUCUUCACGACCACGCGUAUGCUCGUGCGCACGACGAGUAUCAUCACGCAGCUCCUCUUCGAGCACUCGCUGCGUAUCCGGAUGAAGGCCGAGGUAGCCGACUCGCCCGCAAAUAGCACUGUCACUACUGCUGUCGGCACCCCGGACAAUGGAUCUAUCGCUGAGACGGAAGGCGUGGAUUCGCUGGGCCCCACUGAAGGCGAGAACCACAGUCCGACGAGCAGCGAAGACGAGACGGUACGCGCGAGCACCAUCAGCGUUGGUUCCACGUCGACCAACAACAAAGGCAAGAGCAAAUCCAAGGUGCCCUCCCCGAUCGGGGAGGGUAAGAAGGAGGAACCGAAGAAGAGCGAAGAAGCGACGGGCGGUAACCUCGUUGGGAAGAUUAACAACUUGGUCACAACAGACUUGGACAACCUUAUCAACGGACGCGACUUCUUGUUCAUCGUUAUUGAGAUCCCCUUGCAGCUCGCUCUCUGCAUAUGGUUCUUGUAUUCUAUUCUCGGUUGGAGUGCAUUUGCUGGUAUGGCGACGAUGGUGCUCCUGUUCCCGAUCCCUGGCUACGUCGCCGGCAAGAUCCAGAACGUCCAGAUUGAAAAGAUGAAGAAGACGGAUCUCCGCGUGCAGAGUGUCACUGAAUCUAUGAACGUCAUCCGCAUGAUCAAGCUGUUUGGAUGGGAGCCUCGUGUCGUGCAGCAGCUCUCGGAGAAGCGUGAGGACGAGCUGUACUACCAGUGGAGGUAUAGGAUGUUGGGGCUCAUCAAUGCGAACCUUAAUUAUGCCAUUCCCUUGAUUACGAUGAUAGCCACGUUCAUCGCAUACACCUUGAUCAUGAAGAAAGAGCUGACAGCGUCGGCGGUGUUCUCAACUAUGUCAGUCUUCGAUAUGCUCAGACAGACCUUGAGCGGCGUCUUCGCCUUGGUUCCUGCCAUGAUUCGAGCGAAAGUGUCUCUCGAUCGUGUAGAUGAGUUCCUGAAGAAGACCGAGCUGCUCGAUGAGUUCUCUCCGGAUUCGCAUGAAGCCGAAGCCCUGAUCCCUAAGACGCUCGUCACUCGCGACAUCAUCGGCAUCCGCAAUGCUUCGUUCACGUGGGCGAACGAGAAUUAUGGCCUAUCAACACCGGUAUCACCAGGCACACCUGGUAGAUCGCGAAGGAAUUUCAUGCUGCGAAUUGAAGACGAGUUACAGCUCAGACGUGGCCAUUUCAACCUCAUUGUUGGGCCUACUGGCUCAGGGAAGACUUCGUUCUUGAUGGCUCUACUCGGCGAGAUGCACUACAUCCCAUCAGGACCCGACUCGUACUAUCAUCUGCCUCGUACCGGCGGUGUUGCGUAUGCGGCGCAGGAGUCAUGGGUACAGAACGAGACCAUUAGAGAUAACAUUCUGUUUGGCGCCCCGUAUGACAAGGAACGUUACAACAAGGUCAUCGACCAAUGCGGCUUGAAACGAGAUCUUACGCUUUUCGAUGCCGGAGACCAGACUGAAGUUGGCGAGAAGGGGCUGACACUGAGUGGUGGUCAGAAGGCUCGCAUUACACUCGCUCGCGCUGUGUAUUCGUCUGCAGAGAUUCUGCUGCUUGAUGACGUCUUGGCCGCUCUCGACGUGCAUACAGCCAAGUGGAUCGUGGACAAAUGCUUCAAAGGAGACCUCGUUCGUGGUCGGACUGUGCUGUUGGUGACGCAUAAUGUGGCAAUGGCCAGCCCAAUCGCCGACUUCGUCGUGUCCCUUGGUACGGAUGGCCGAAUUGCCAGUCAGGGUACGUUGUCGAAAGUGUUGGCUAAGGACAAGGAACUGUCGAAGGAAAUCGAAGAGGAGAACAAGGAGAUCGAGAAGGCUGAGCACACCGUCGACGAUCAACAACCAAAUGAGGAACCCAAGAAGUCGGACGGAAAACUCAUCCUUUCCGAGGAAGUUUCUGUCGGGCAUGUGAGCUGGCCAGCAUUGAGAAUGUUCUUCUCCAGUCUUGGCGGUGGGCAUCAAUUCACGUUCUGGCUACUUUGUGUCGGCACGCUCGUGUUGUCCCAGCUAUGUGACACUGUCCAGAUAUGGUUCCUCGGUCACUGGGCCCAACAGUACGAGGAACAUGAUCCUUCCGAGGUCAAUGUGCCAUUCUACUUGACUGGCUAUAGUGUCCUACUGCUUUGUGCGGCAACCCUCUACGGCAUUGGUUACAUCGUCUAUGUCUACGGCGCACUGAGAGCCUCGCGCUCCAUACAUGUAUCACUCAUCCAGUCUGUCCUCGGUACGACUCUGAGGUGGCUUGACAUAACACCGACAUCUCGAAUUAUCACACGGUGCACGCAAGAUAUAGCAGCAGUCGACGGACCUAUCACUGACUACUUCCGGUCGGUCGUCGAACUGACCGUGGCAAUGUUGUGCAAACUUGCAGCGGUUAUCAUCAUGUCUCCCAUCUUCCUCUUUCCCGGAGCGUUUGUUGCUAUCCUCGGUGGAUGGCUCGGGCAGGUCUACAUGAAGGCACAGUUAUCGGUGAAGCGCGAAAUGAGCAAUGCACGAGCUCCCGUGCUUGGGCAAUUUGGUGCUGCUAUCGCUGGUUUGACUUCCAUUCGGGCGUACGGAGCGCAGGAAGGGUUCAGGAAGGAGUCAUACGCGCGUAGCGACCGAUGGACUAUUGCUGCCCGUACAUUUUAUAAUCUCAAUCGGUGGAUCUGCAUUCGCAUAGAUGCUUUGGGUGCUCUGUUCUCCACAGGUCUUGCUGCCUACCUUGUGUACGGGAGCACCUUCAAUGCGUCCAAUACUGGUUUCUCACUGAACAUGGCAGUUGGAUUCAGUGGUAUGAUAUUGUGGUGGGUCCGUAUCUUCAACGAAUUCGAGGUUUUGGAGCGCAUCGAACAAUAUGUACACAUAGAGCAAGAACCAAAACCAACUGCUGACGGUGUUCCCCCUGCAUACUGGCCAGCAAGUGGUGGACUGAAGGUGGACAGACUGUCCUCUCGCUAUUCUUCGGAUGGCCCUCGCGUCUUACACGAGCUAUCUUUCGAAGUGAAGUCAGGCGAGCGUGUAGGCAUCGUGGGUCGCACAGGUAGCGGCAAGAGCUCACUGACACUCUCGCUAUUGCGAUGCAUCCUCACGGAAGGCAAAGUCUACUACGAUGGGCUUGCAACCGAUGAGAUCAAUCUCGAUGCGUUGCGUUCAAACAUUACGAUCAUUCCUCAAGUGCCUGAGCUACUCAGUGGCACGCUCCGUCAAAACCUCGACCCCUUUGACCAGCAUGAUGACGCCGUCCUGAAUGACGCCCUACGUGCCGCCGGGCUCUUCAACCUACAGAGUGAAAUGGAUGAAGGACGUAUCACUCUUGACAGUCAGAUUUCGAGUGGCGGGAGCAAUUUAUCAGUUGGUCAACGACAGAUCCUUGCGUUGGCAAGAGCUAUCGUACGUCAGAGCAAGCUGUUGAUCCUUGAUGAAGGUGCCGCACUGAUGUCUGUUCUAGAUUAUGCGACGGAUACUGUAAUCCAAGAAUCUCUACGGAGAGAAUUGGAUAAGGGUGUCACACUGCUCACGAUUGCUCACCGUUUACAAACGAUCAUGGACGCAGACAAAAUCAUGGUCUUAGAUGCCGGCCGUGUUGUUGAAUUUGGCAGUCCUGGGGAAUUGCUCAAGAAACCGAAGGGUCUGCUCAAGGCAUUAGUAGAUGAAAGCGGAGACAAGGAGGCUCUGUAUGCCAUGGCGGAAGGGACCGCUUCCGCGUCAUGA